UAGGGUUUGCUAGCGAUGACGACCGCGGCGAGGCCGACGUGGGCGCCGGCCAAGGGCGGGCAGGAGCAGGGGGGCACUAGGAUCUAUGGUACGUCCCAGAAAUUCUCGGCGCGGGAUCUUCCGUCGCACACGCUGCUCAAGACGCGGAAGGAAGGGCAGGGCACGACAGAGGAGCUCCAGCGCAAGGAUCUCCUGUCGAACCUCGAGGAGCGGGAGCGCAAGCACUUCGAUUCCAAGCUAGAUCCGGAUGCGCCGCCGCGGGAGCCCGGCCAGCUGCUCCUGGAGGGGGGCGAUCGAAGGGAAGGGGGCGAUCGAAGGGCUGCCGCUGCGGCCGCCGCCAAGAGCCUCGACGCGGAUGAUUCGGACGAAGAUGGUAGCGGCGCCAGCGAUGAGGAGGACGAGGACGAGGAGGACGAAGACGCGGCGCUGGUGGCGGAGCUGGAGAGGAUCAGGAAGGAGCAGGCGGCCGAGAAGCUGAGGAAGGAGAGGGAGAGGCAAAUGGAGGAUGCCAAGGCCAAGGAGGUGGAGCUGGCUCGAGGGAAUCCUCUUCUCAAUGGCAGCGGCGGCGGUGGCGGCGGCUCGUUUGCUGUGAAGAGGAGGUGGGAUGAUGACGUUGUGUUCAAGCACCAGGCUAGAGGCGAGCCCAAGCAGGUGAAGCGCUUCAUCAACGAUACGAUCAGGAGUGAUUUCCAUCGCAAGUUCUUGAACAAGUACAUGAAGUAGGCGAGGAGCUGGUCGCGGAUCUUGGAUGAUAUGUGCAAGCUCGCUCGGUUGCAAUGCUCGCCUGGAGAAGAAAGAGUAAGAUUCUCAGAGAGAACCAUGUAUGUAGUUGGAAACGAUGUAUUUACUUUGAUCACUGCAAACUGUUUCGCAGAGUUUCUUUA